AUGUGGGAUGUUAUCUCAGAUGGUCCUAUUGAAAUCAUGAAGGUCAAUCCUUCAUCAAUCCUAAGCCCAGAUGGACCGCAGUAUGUUUCAAAGCCAAAGAUGGAAUGGACUUCUGACGAUAGAUUGCGAAGUAACCUGGACAAUAUAGCUAAGGAUAUACUGUUCAAAGCUGUGGAUGAUACAAUCUUCCCAAAAAUCCGUAAGUGCAAAACAGCUAAAGACGUGUGGGAUGUCUUAAUCCAAAUCGGCGAAGGAGACGAACAGGAAAAAGACAACAAACUCACAAUUGCAAUGAAAAAGUUUGAAGACUUCAAGAUGCUGCCAAGUGAAAACAUUGCGGACAUGGAGGCUAGACUGGUCAAAGUUUUGGGAGAAAUUAGUGAUCUUGGAAAGACCAUUAAUCAAAAAGAAAUCUCUCUCAAAAUACUUCGCGGACUACCGUCAAGCUGGGAUAUGAAAGUGACAGCCAUGCGAGAUCAUAGGGAUCUAAAAACUGUUUCAACUGACAAACUCUUUAGUGAUCUCAAAGCGUACGAGUUCGAGAUGAAAUCAAAACUUGAGGAGGAACGUGAAGAAAGAACCACAGCCUUAGUAGCCGAACAACCAUCAAACUCAAGGUUAGUAGGAAAUAAUGAUUUUUUAUCUGACGAACAAUUUGCUUUACUUGUUAGGAAAUUCAAAAAAUUCAUGUGGAAAAACAACUUCAACAAUUCAUCUCAAAGAAAUCAAGGAAGUUCAUCCAGAAGACCAAGAAGGGAAUUUUCUGAUGAUAACACAAACUUGUGUUACAACUGUAGAAAACCAGGACAUUUCAUGGCAGAAUGUCCAUACCCCAAGGUAAGUAAAAAUCAAAAUAAAAAUACUUCUAACUCUCCACAGGAAAUAUCUGAAUCAAAGGAUAGAAGAUUCAAGAAGGAUAAAAGGAAAGCUUUAAUAAGUGACCCUCUUGAGACAAGUGGGUCUGAGGAAUCUUCAAGUGAUGAAAGUGAUAGCUCAACGGAGGAUACUGCACUGCUGUGUCUUCUAAGCAUAACCAGUGAAUCAGAUUUCCAAGAAAAAUGCCUAAUGGCGCAUGAAGUAGAAGAAGACGAGGAUAUUUGGUACUUUGAUAGCGGAUGUUCUCGACAUAUGACCGGCAAUAAAGCUAGUCUUGUAGAGUUCAGAAAUAUCGAAGGACCAAAAGUCAUAUUUGGUGGAAAUGAUCAUGGAAUAACAAAGGGAAUCGGAACUGUUAUCAAGAAUGGUCUAAGGAUUGAAAAUGUAUCAUACGUAGAAGGACUAAAGUUUAAUCCCCUUAGCACUAGCCAAUUCUGUGACAAAGGAUAUCUUGUAGAGUUCAUCAAAGACAAAUGCCGAGUUAAAGAAGAAUCCACAAAGAAAACUGUGCUCACCGGAAGGAGAAAGAAAAAUAUGUACACUUGGACGAUAUUCAUCAAUAAGAAGAACGAAGUGGAACAAAGAUUGCCAGAGCUCUUGCAACAACUUCAAAACGAAAAGGACGCAAAAAUCUCCAAAAUCCGUACAGACAGAGGUACAGAAUUCGUGAAUGGUGUGAUUCAGGCCUACUGCAGUUCACAAGGGAUUUUGCACCAACUAUCUGCCGCAAGGACGCCACAACAAAAUGGUGUAGCCGAAAGAAGAAAUAGAACACUUAAAGAAGCUGCACGGGUCAUGAUUUCAGCAGCCGAACUACCCAAACGUUUUUGGGCGGAGGCUAUCAACACUGCUUGUUAUACUUGUUAG